AUGUCCGACCCUGGUGAACCUCGCAAUCCUCUCUCUGGUCCCGAUCGCGAGCGACGUCGGCCUGCCCGGGACAAGCCCGCCCCAUAUGAUCGGAAGAAGACCGGGCCGAAGCCGCAAGCACACAAGACUUCGGCGAAGCCUGUUGGUCCUCAGAAGAAAGAGAACCUGACUCUUGGUGACUGGCUCGAGGUUGUGGCCUAUGCCGAUGCCCAUCCUGGAAUCACACAGCCAGCAAUUGAACUCUACUUUAAGACUCGCCCUGAGGGUGCUCUUCAACUCUCGCAGCCUUCCAUCUCUCGCAACUUGUCAGCAAAAGGUCGUGCCGCCCUCGAGAAGCGACGUCUUUCACAUGCAAAUGCAUUGGACAUGAAACGAGGCCGAUUCGUUGUUCGGCCCGAUGUCGACCACGCGCUCUGGAUCUGGCAACAAAGCAUGGAAGAACGCGGCGAAACACCUGAUGGCAACAUGCUUGUCGCUAAGCGCACAAAGUUCGAGGAGUUGUUUGAUGUCCCUGCAAAUGAACGCAUGACAAGCAGGGGCUGGUUGUCGGGCUUCACUAAAGCGUGCGUGCUUCAUUCAUAG